AUGAUAAAUGAGAAGAGUAAACAAUUCUCGAGUGUAUUCAACUCGCAUCAAUCUAGAGUGAUAGCUAUAAUCGUAACAUUCUUCACCACCCUAUUCACUAUAAGCGUAUUCCUCUAUCUAUCGAUUACCCCAUCCACCGAGUUCGAAGAUGAUUUUGGUGUCAACUUACAAGACAACCAUCAAGGCGUGAUUAGUAAAAUAUGGGAUUUGAAAGCAACGGGAUCAGGAUCGAGUAUUGGCGAAUGGAAAUCAUGGAUCGGGUUAAGCGAUGGAAGAGAUAGACAAAAAGAAUCAGAUAAAAUAAGGGAAUUAAUCAAUGUCUUUCAAGAUAGGUUUCCUAAAGACGAUGGAAAAGCUGCAAGAGAUCUGAAUAAACCUUCGCUCGAAAGAUUAGCGGAUUGUAUAGCCAGUAACACAUGUGGUGAAGGCGAAGAAACAGUGGUCAUCUUAGCUUCGAUGCAUUUCAAUAAUGCCGUCAUGGGGAAAACGAGCGGUGAAGAUAUCUGGGCAAGAUCCUCACUUGAAGCUCUACACUCCUUGAAUUACACACUCCUAUAUACGUUCGCACCUAUGGACACUUUGACUCUUUAUCAGGGAUUGAGCGAUAGAGUGAAAACGAUCAUAUGGGAAUCGAUUGAACUGAAGAAAUGUAUGAAGAGAAAUGAAACCAAUUGGGAGUCAUUAGAAGAUGGUCACUCUCCAGGUAAAUGGCAGAAUACCACGACUGGCCGAUUCGGCUGUGUCAGAAGGACAGGAUACGAAGAAGGUAUACCAUUAGAGAAGAGUUUCACAUUUCAUUUUUGGUCAGGUGCAGAGAAUCCGUUGGGAGCUCAUUUCACUCUGAGUCCUGAAAAUUACGCCAUGUGGAAUCAUGGUAUCGGUAACCAUUACUUGGGCUAUUCGAUCGAGUCACGAUGUAAAGCCAUCACAUUACCGAGCUCGAAAGAACACAAAGGAAUGGCUUUGGGUAAAUAUUCGAAAUACUUCAAUACUUCUUCAACGGAAUGGGUAUGGGGCAAAGAUGACAUAUUGAAUCAAGUCGUAAAUACAAUGCCUGAAUCAGAUGAGAAAGAAAAGUUCGAGUUGAUAGCAACCAUUGGUCAUUAUGAAAAGUCAGAGGUGACAGAAGAUCAUGUAAGAUUUCACGAAAUGAAUAACUUGGGACCUUUACCUCAAGAUGAAUGGUAUCAAACUUUAGCUUCUAGUAAAUUUCUUGUGGGAGUAGGCAAACCUAAAAUCUCACCUUCACCCUACGACGCAUUGUGUUUUGGUGUCCCGUUCAUUAAUCCUGUAUUAUCGUGGAAUCGAACGGAUCCAGAUGAUUGGACGAAAUGGUAUUCUCAACAUGACGGUCUGAGACCUUAUGGUCCACCUUUUGUCUAUCACGUCCAAAAGAAUAACAAAGAACAGUUGGAGGAAGCGAUGAGAUUGGCCAUUGAGAAUCCCAUUGACAGUUUUAUACCUCCACCGAUGACUAGAACAGCAGUGAGAGACAGACAUCGAGCGCUGGUAGAGACAGAUUGGAAGCCGUGGGCAAUAGCUGCCGUCAAGGAACUGUGGACCGACAAAGGUAAAGAGUUCCCCUAUCUCGUCGAGGGCCGUCAACAUCUCUAA